UGUGAGGCGGCAGUGCAAGCACCUGAGCCACCGUGCCACAUACACCGUAAUAAGUACUCCCUCCGAAGACACCAGCAUGACACAUUUAACAAAAAUAUUCAACAUUUCAAAACAUUAGAAUAGCAGGACAAAUUUGCCAUCAUUUUGGGAGAAGCAGCAGGUUUUGUGGGCUCUCUAGUGUCAUUUUGUGAGAGGCAAAGAAAUCAUGUGGGUCAACAAACCAGAGACCAACGCAACACUGUUCACAAAAUUAGUCACUAGCUCUUAAAGUAACAGAGGGCACUUAACAUUGUGGUGUAGUUAUCUGUAUGCUUCUUUUGCAGUUGUACGGGCUGUGGAAACAAAUUUCCUUCGACAGUGAAGACAUAGUUACAUCUAGUAGUAGAAAAAGUAGUAGUAGUAGUAGUAGUAGUAGUAGAAAUAGUAGUAGUAGUAGUAGUAGUAAUAGUAGUAGUACUGGUAGCAGAAGGAUAAGAAGUAGUAAUUGUAGUAAUAGUAAAACUAAUAGUAGUAUUUGUAAAACUAAUAUUUGUAGUAGUUGCUCCCACAUGUAGCUUUACUGGUGCUGAUAGUGUCACAAACUUCCCACAUUUCACAAUCCCAUUGGCUGACAUGUGGUCCUUGAUAAAUAAAACACAAUCCCAUUGGCUGACAUAUGGUCCUUGAUAAAUAAAAGGAUCCUCACAGAGGCCUGACAGAGCACAGAGCUGUCACUGGUGAAGAGCCCCUAGCCAGAGCAGAGACAGAGCAUUGGACAUGCUGAACAUGAAGACUCCUGGAGCUGUGCUGCUGUUGCUGUGGUCUGGUCUGGUUGUGGUUGCAGCAGAGAGUGGAGGCCGCCUGGAUGAAGCUACAGGUGCAGCCCCUUCCUGCCCCCAACAUAACUCCCCGUCUGAGGUGCAUGUUCUGCUGAGAGAGAUGGCAGCUCUGAUAGCGGGGCAGAGAGUGGAUUUCAGACUUGCUAAAGCCCAAAUAGAGGAACUGAAGAAAGAAAAUGGAGACAUGAACUACUCCCUACAGCAGCUGAAGAAUGUCACAGAAGCAGAGGCCAUGGAGACCAGACUGACGGAGAGGCUGGCUGCAAGUGAGAAGAAGGCAGAGGGCAUGGAGACCAGACUGAGAGCCAGUGAGAAGACAGUGGAGGAGCAGAGAGCUGUUAUAAAGGAGCUGAAGGAGAAACAGGAGGAACAAGCAGCAGCUGUGAGAGCUGUAGGAGGCAGUGUGAACCUCACAGGGAGCCAGGUGCAGGAGCUGAGAUCGGAGAUAGAGGAGAGGAAGGUGUCUUUCUCUGCCUCACUGGGAACAUCUGAACAUGUAACUAAAGGACCCGUUAACACAGCAAUUCCCCUGGUCUACAAACACAUCUUCACCAACAUUGGGAAUGCUUACAACCCAAACACAGGGGUCUUCACAGCUCCGGUCAGGGGGGUCUACCACUUUAAUGUCUUUGUGUUUGCGGAUGGCAAUGGAAGAACUUCCGCAGUCUCUCUCCAUAAAAACGGAGAGCAUAUUUGCGUUGCCUACACUGCCCAGAACACCGUUCACAUGGCAGCCUCCAAUGGGGCUUCUCUUCUGUUGGAGGUGGGGGAUGUGGUCAACCUGAAGCUGUGGCAGAAUACCUGGGUGAGAGACACUUCUAACCAUCACACCACCUUCUCUGGCCACCUGCUCUUCCCCAUGUGAGGGAAGCACUAUACUGAUGUAAAAGUUAUGUUGGGUGUGGAGUGACGCUGCUAGCGAGAAACAGACAGAAUGGAACACACUCCUCUCCUUGUUUCCUACAUGGUCACUGGGUGGGUCUGGGAAACACUUUUAGUGUGACAUAAAGUCAGAGUCAGAGUUUGUUCUCUUUGGUUGCUGAAUCUGUGCUUACUGUCUGCUCUCAGUUAAACUCUUGUUUUGGUUGGUUAAUUAGCUUACAGGAUUGAAUGAUCUGUACGUAUUCUGCGGAAUCAGGUAUUUUUAAUUGUUAUCUUUUGAUUGUUUUCCUGGAUGUUAAAUGACUUGUAUACACUGGUAGGAUGUUAACAUGCAUUUGCAGGCACUAGUUAGGAAACUUUCCUCCAAAGGUAAAGGUAAUUCUCCUUGAAUGCUAUCUAUCAGUUUAUUGUUUGUUGACAUGUUAAUAUACCUUUACCUACUGUUAGCAGGGCUCUCAAGUGUCACGCAUUGAGCGUGACAGUCACUCAUUUCGGUCUUUAGUCACGCACUCCCGCCACACAU